AUGAUCCCUACACUCGUUUUGAAACAGGUGAUUUCUGCCCUGUUCCUGUUUUCCACCGCCCAGGCUUUUGAUGCUGCUUCCAAAACCAAUGUGGCUCUAUAUUGGGGCCAGAACUCUGCCGGCACCCAGGAGAGGCUCUCCACUUACUGCGAGAGCGAUGCUGCCGAUAUAUUCUUGCUCUCGUUCAUGACCACGUUCUCCAACGCAGACACUGUUCCAACUUUGAACUUUGUUACUGGCUGCAGCGGCCAGUUCUCUGACGGACUUUUGCAGUGCGACGAAAUUGCGGAGGACAUUCAGACUUGUCAGAGUCUUGGCAAAAAGGUUCUGCUUUCGCUCGGAGGCGCCAUCGGCAACUACGGAUUCAGUUCCGAUUUAGUUGCCGAAGGGUUUGCCGGCACUCUUUGGAACAUGUUUGGAGGCGGAAGCGCCGACGAGCGUCCGUUUGGCGACGCCGUUAUUGACGGUUUCGACUUUGAUAUUGAGAAUCGCAACUCUACCGGUUAUGCGGCUCUCGCAACAAAAUUGAGAGAGUACUAUACCCAGGACUCUUCUAAGGACUACUACAUUUCUGCUGCUCCUCAAUGUGUUUACCCUGAUGCCUCCACGGGUGACUUGCUUGCCAAUGCCGACGUUGAUUUUGCCUUUGUCCAAUUCUACAACAACGAUUGCAACGUCGACAAAGAGUUCAAUUGGGAUGUCUGGGCCGACUUUGCAGCCCACACGUCUCCUAACAAGGACAUUAAGUUGUACUUGGGACUGCCUGCGUCCAGCUCGGCCGCUACGACCGGUUACGUGGACGUCGACACGGUGAGGAAUGCGCUCGAGAGCAUUGAUAACACAAAUCUCGGAGGCAUUAUGCUUUGGGACGCCUCGCAGGCUUUCAGCAACAAGGUUGGCGGCGAAAACUACGCCGAGGCAAUGAAGAACAUUUUAACUGACACCCAGCGCAGCAACGCCACCGUCUCCGUCACUACGGUGAUUUCCACCACGUAUACUGAAAGCUCUUCGUCUGUGAUGUCGUCCGCCUCCUCCACUUCUGCUGGAAAAGGCACUUUUGUCUCUAGCUCUUCAGGCGUCUCCAGCUAUUUGAGUGUUGCAACCUCUUCAAGUGUUGUCAGCUCUUCCAGCUUCGUUUCGAGCAAUACCCCAGCCUCGUCCGAGCCAAGUUCUGCAGCUUCAGCAAGCUCAGCCGCUCCUUCGUCCUCCGUCACCGCCACCUCUACGCUAACACUGCAACCCACCCCACCUUCAACCACGCUUCUGACCAGAACCACUAGCAGCACGAGCUCUGCCACCGCCACGCCUAGCGCGGCAUACACCGACUGCUCGUCGCUAAGUGGAGUGGAAAAAGCCCAGUGUCUAAAUGCCAACUUUGCCAACGGCCUGUUCAACGGGUCACCUGACUCGUGCUCCACCGAGGGGGAGAUCGCCUGUUCGCCAGACGGCUCGUUCGCCAUCUGCAACUUCGGCAAGUGGGUCAAGAUGCAGUGUGCUGCCGGCACCACAUGCUACGCGUACGUGCAGAACUCGGACGUCGACGUGGGGUGCAACUACGAGGCUCAGAAAAAUUCGUUCACGAAAAGAGACGGCUUCAUGGACAUUUUUAAAAGAAGCCCAAGCCACAGUCACCAUGCACACCGGGCAUGA